AGUACCAAACACGGACACCCCAAUUACCCGACUCAGCUGGAAGCUACUGAGUUGCAGACAGCAGAGUGGGGGAUGAUGGCGAGCGAUGGCGCUAAAACCCGCAAGAGAAAGAGCAAUUCAGAAUCUGAACUGUCGCCUAUCAUCCAGUCUCCGGUCGUGGACACCAUCUUCGCUCUGUUAUUGGCAACUCUGUCGAAGUCCGACUACAGACCCGACUCCAUUUCUGUUGUGAAGAAAAGUUUAAACAAGCUUCGAGCAUCGCUUCUUUCAACAGUCCCUUUUCCGCCAUCUCUAUUUUUUCCUAUUAUCUCUUUGCUUCCUUUACUCCUCAGUUCCAGAAAUAGAGAAAUUGCGCGCUGCGGGGCGAAGCUUGUGGGGUUGGCCUCGUUGUUGUCGUUUGAGAUGAAUGAAGUAGUUGCUUCUGACGGGGAAACUGUCAAGGAAUUAAUUCCGUUGCUGGCAAGUUUGGACCGGAAAGUUUCAACGGCAGCGUGUAAUGCCGUUUUGGAUUUGUCUACAACCUCCAUUGGACGACAAAGUUUGUUGCAGUUUUCUGCUCUGGAGACUCUUAUGCUUGCAUUCCUUCAGGUUCCUAGAUCAACAAUAUCAAUUUCUUUAUGCCCUGGGGAUGAAGCAAAUAUUACCUAUCUUGAGAUAGACUGCAAGGAAGGUGAAUUUCUAGGUUUGCUUCUUGAUGCAACCAUGUUUCUUACUAAUACCUGUGAAACGGUGGAAUUGGAAAAGAUUCCAACGAAGCUAUUGGAAUGUUUUUCUGCUGUUCUGAAACAGAUUUGGGUAAAAGCUCGAAGUCAAAUGUUUCUUGGAAAUAUUUCAAGAUCUUGUCAAGAGAAAGGAUUUCACUUGACAAAUAUGACAAUCAACAAUCUGGCAGAAAGCUUAUUUAGGCUGUCUAUUAAUGCUGACCAACCAACUGCAGAUUCUUCACCUGAGAUGGUUAGGAGCAGUAUUUUUGGUUCAAAUGAAAUGGACAUCCUUGGUUUCCUUAAGGAGGCAAGAACUAAAUUGGGCUGUCCUCUGAUCUAUGACCAGGAUAUUCGGGUUCUAAGAACAGAGAAGAAGUCAAAAAGGGAGGUUCACUUUUUUCCAGAAAAUUUAUGCUCUUGCUCUGUCGAGACUCCUUGCUUUUUUCAUGUUGAUGAUAUUUUAAAAUGUGAUCAAGCAUUUAAAAGGGGUUACACAAUUGCUUUACGUGGUGCAGAGUUCCGAUUUGAGAGUGUUGCAUCCAUUGCUGAUGGAUUAGCUUCUCUAUUUGGUCAACCAUCAGUUGGGGCCAAUUUGUAUUUGACACCACCUAAUUCUCAAGGAUUAUCUAUGCACUAUGAUGAUCACUGUGUGUUUGUAUGCCAACUUCUUGGAAAAAAACAUUGGAAAGUUUUCUCUCAGCCAAUUGUCCAGCUGCCUCGCUUGUAUGCGUCCUGUGACAUCCCUAACAGUGAACAUAUUGAGAGUUCAACAGAUUCAUGUAGAAACUUACUGCUAACAGAAGGUGAUAUCUUAUAUAUUCCAAGAGGCUAUCCUCAUGAGGCAUAUACAGAUAACAACGAAGUUAAUGGAUCAGCUGGGUUUUCACUGCAUGUGACACUAGCUAUUGAGGUUGAACCUCCAUUCUCGUGGGAGGGAUUUGCACAUGUUGCACUUUGUUGUUGGACCCAAAGCCAAAAGCCAUGGCAGCACACUUCUUCUGGGUCUUUAUCUACAGUUCUGAGCAUCAUGUCCAUUCAUUUACUUCAUAUUACUAUCGGUUUAAUUGGUGAUUCUGAUCCUAAUUUUCGAAAGGCAUGCUUGGUUGCUGCAAUUCCUUCCCAAUCAAACACCGAGAGUUGGCUUUAUCUGAAUCAAAGGGCCAUCUUCAGCAGUGUCAUUGAUAGAAUUAAUUCAGCAUCAAGUAUGCUGGAGGCAGUCAGGACAGUGGAAAUGGCUAGUCAAAAAGAUGAGGAUCCUUUUCAAAGGAUGACGUGGUUAAAGUUUCUUGAUUGGGAGACAGAACCACGGAAGGACGUGAUUGGAUUUUACCCUUCACAAAAAGUGACAAUCUGUUAACAAUAUUUUCUCAGCACAAAGACAUGGCAGAGGUUGCAUUUAUGCAGGUCAAAAAUAAAUUUUGUAAUGAAAUAUUGUAUGAAGGUGCUAUCAGAAGCUAUAAGAGGCUACUUGAGAGGUAUAAGAGACUGAGAAAGCAAUACAUGAAUGGAAUGCUCUCUCUGCAUUCUAACAAACUGUAACUGUGAGUUCAGACUAGAGUAUAUAUGCAGCCACUGUGAUUGUUGAUUUCCUCUCUCUCUCUCUUUUUCAAAUUAGUUAUGCACAAUUUUCUAUAUUGGUAUCAUAUUGUGCUGUACUUAUUGUUCCCACUAUUGUUAGUUUGAAUCUGAGUAGAAUCCACAAGUUUGGUUCAAGUAAGCCAUGAGAAAAUAAAACUGCACAUAAAGAUGGAUUGUGAUUUCAUGCUAAUGAUUACUGAUCAUUUAUAUAUAAUCUUCAUCUAUUUCACUAAGAUACAUCCACUCAUCCUGUGUCAUCAGAAAUCCAAAUCGCUACUAUGGUCUGGGAUGUUUUGGUGUUGGUGUUGGGUGAGUUGUCACUCCAUGGUAAUCGAUGUGCAACCUGCAUUUCAUGCAACCUGAUUAUGAGGCCUGGAACAAUGUCUACAUGGAAAAUUUUAUCGGAAGCAUAAUUUGAUGGGUGCAAGAUGCAAGAAAUUCGCA